ACCACCUGUAAUGGGCUUCAAGCUUUGAACAACUGGAAGAGAAGCUUCCUGACACGCCUCCUCCUUGCCCCAAGUUCUACUUUUUCUGUCGCAAUCUGUGGGCCUCAGAGUCCACGGGAGCCAUGGGAAGACCAAAGCCGCCGCUUUUGUUCAAACUUCAAACCCCGGAAGGCAGAAGAUCUCGAAGUUCUUCUUCUCGCUUAUUUUUCUCUUCUUCAUCUAUAAAAGAUGUGUUCUUUCCGAAAAUUUGCGCGGAGUCGAAACAAAGUCAGAAGAAUUCGAACCAUAUAUUUGAUCUCAGGAGUUCGCUUUCUUCCGUCAAGGCCAUAACGAGGAACAUCGGGGAGCUGAGGUCCAGUGAUAAGGGGGUAAUGGCGCCUGAGGGGAAGUCUGAACCCAAGUUAGUCUUUGGGGAAGCUGGUUAUGUUCUGGAGGAUGUGCCACACUUCGUUGAUUAUAUCCCCAGUCUACCUACAUAUCCAAAUCCUCUCCAGGAUAAUCCAGCUUAUUCAGUUGUCAAGCAAUAUUUUGUUAAUGAGGGUGAUACCGUCGCACAAAAGAUUGUUGUACACAAGAGCAGUCCUAGAGGAACCCAUUUUCGACGUGCCGGGCCACGUCAAAGGGUUUACUUUGAGUCAGAUGAAGUGCAUGCUUGUAUUGUGACUUGUGGUGGCCUCUGCCCAGGACUCAACACAGUGAUAAGAGAAAUAGUUUGUGGUUUGUCUCAUAUGUACGGGGUUACCAAAAUCCUUGGGAUAGAGGGUGGAUACAAGGGUUUCUAUGCUCGCAAUACUGUUCCUUUGACGCCCAAAAGUGUCAAUGAUGUUCACAAGAGGGGAGGCACCAUCCUAGGGACAUCAAGAGGAGGCCAUAACACUUCAAAGAUAGUUGAUAGCAUUCAGGACCGUGGGAUCAAUCAGGUGUAUAUUAUUGGAGGAGAUGGUACACAGAAAGGGGCAUCUGUGAUAUUUGAGGAGAUCAGAAGGCGCGGUCUCAAAGUUGCUGUUGUUGGCAUUCCCAAGACAAUUGAUAAUGACAUUGCGGUUAUUGAUAAAUCAUUUGGUUUUGAUACUGCUGUUGAAGAGGCUCAACGGGCUAUCAAUGCUGCACAUGUGGAGGCUGAGAGUAUUGAGAAUGGUAUAGGUGUUGUGAAGCUAAUGGGUCGCUAUAGUGGGUUCAUCGCAAUGCAUGCAACUCUUGCUAGCAGAGAUGUGGAUUGUUGCUUGAUUCCUGAAUCACCCUUUUAUCUGGAAGGAAAAGGUGGACUUUUCGACUUUGUGGAUAAGAGACUCAAAGAGAACGGCCAUAUGGUUCUUGUUGUGGCUGAGGGAGCAGGACAAGAGAAUAUUGCUGAGAGCAUGAGGUCCAUGGAUCUGGAAGAUGCUUCUGGAAAUAAAUUACUCCUUGAUGUUGGCCUAUGGUUAUCUCAGAAAAUAAAGGAUCACUUCUCAAGCAAAAAGAAGAAGACGACAAUAAAUCUUAAAUAUAUAGAUCCAACCUAUAUGAUUCGUGCAGUUCCCAGUAAUGCUUCUGAUAAUGUGUACUGCACUUUGCUGGCUCAUAGUGCCAUCCAUGGUGCCAUGGCAGGUUACACAGGUUUCACUGUUGGGCCUGUUAAUGGGAGGCAUGCCUAUAUACCCUUCUAUAGAGUUACUGAAACACAGAAUAAGGUUGUAAUCACAGACAGAAUGUGGGCAAGAUUGCUCUCUUCCACCAACCAGCCAAGCUUUCUUUGCCAAAAUGACCUCGAUGGCGGCGCAAAGAAUGAUCUUACACCAUCUGAAUCUGAGUAUCUGGAAGAAGAAAAUUGCAAUGGCCAUUAUGUGCAGAGUGCGAGUGAUGAUGGUGUAAAAAGCAUUCAAGAUGGAGAGAAUUGAAGCUUAAAUGGGAAAAAGUAGGUGCCUGUAUUGUCAGAUUAGCUUUAGUAACAAAGCCAUUCAUUUUGCUAGUGUUUUUGAUGUAAGUCUUAGCCUAUUUAUAUAAUUUGGCCGAGUUUUUUGCUGUGAUAUCAGAAAACCAUCACUUGGCAUAUGUAAAUGCAUUCAAUUUUAAAAAAUUAUUCAUUCACUUAUUCUCAGCAUCUAUGUUGUAAAACUUUUUUCUAAUAACAAAUAAUAAAAUUAUAUCUUUCACAGUUUUGUAUUGAA